AUGCACCUGGCUGUGGCUGUGGGUCUGGUGUUCGGCGGCUGCUGCUGCAACGUGGUAUUCCUGGUGCUGCUGGCCAGGCAGUUUCCAGGAUGUGGGAACGUAAUGACAUUCUUCCAGUUCUUAUUUAUUGCAGUGGAAGGCUUUAUCUUCGAAACCAACUCUGGGAGGAAGAAGCCAGCCACUAAAAAUUUCACCAUGGUGGCCAUGUUCUUCACUGUCAGUGUGGUGAAUAACUGUGCCCUGAACUUAAAUAUCGCCAUGCCACUGCACAUGAUCUUCAGAUCAGGUUCUCUCAUAGCAAGCAUGGCUCUAGGUAUCAUCAUUUUGAAGAAAAGAUACAGCGUAUCUAACUACAUGUCCAUAGCCCAGGUGUUCGUGGGGAUCUUCACCUGCACUUUCAUGUCUGUAAAGCAAGUGGCAUCUGACUCCAGCUUAAAUGAAAAGGAUGGACUCCAGGUUUUCUUGUGGUGGCUGCUAGGUUUUGCUGUGCUCACCUUUGCCCUCCUGAUGUCUGCCAGGAUAGGGAUUUUCCAGGAGACCCUGUACAAGUGGUUUGGGAAACACUCCAAAGAGGUCCUACUAGUUAGCUCUAAUUGUAUAGAAAAAACAGAUCUUUGGUUAAUACCCUCAGGUGAUAUGUGUUUUUCUUGCAUUGCUCUGAAAGUGUAG